AUGUCCGAGAUCCACGGAACCAACGAUCCCGCAUUUGACUCCGUACGGGAGCUUAUGCAGAAACAACUCUCCUCAGGAGAAGAACUAGGUCUAUCGCUCGCCGUGAACAUUGAUGGCAAAGAUGUCCUCGAUUUGUGGGGUGGUCAUGCCGACGUGCCUAAGACUCAACCCUGGACCAAGGACACCAUUACACUGGUCUGGUCCUGCUCGAAGGUAGUCACCAAUCUAGCCGCCAUGCUACUUGUCGAUCGCGGCCAACUAGACGUGAACGAAAAGGUUGCGACAUACUGGCCCGAGUUCGCAGCGAACGGCAAAGAGAACAUCACGGUAGCUCAUGUUCUCAGCCAUGCAUCUGGUAUCCCCGCGUGGGAAUUGCCUGUCACCUUUGAAGAGCUCUGUGACAACAAGGUGGCUACCGAGAAACUUGCCCAGCAAGCUCCUUGGUGGACUCCCGGAGAGAAAAGCGGCUAUCAACUUUCCAACCAAGGCCACAUGGUUGGCGAGGUCAUCCGCCGAAUUACCGGGAAGCCAUUGGAGCAGUUUGUUGCAGAUGAAAUUACCCGUCCUUUGGAUGCGGAUUUCCAGUACGGAGUACCGGAAGAUCAGUGGCAUCGUACGGCGGAGCUUGUCCCACCUGCAGCUCUGUCCAUUGGAGAUUUGGAUCCCAAUAGCAUUGUGGCCAGAGCUAUUAUGGGAUCUCCCUUCCCCGCUCAAGUCGCAGUGACGCCGACAUUCAGAAAGGCUGUAAUAGGUGCGACCAAUGGAUUCAGUAAUGCGCGUGCGCUGGCCCGUAUCGGUUCUAUUGUUUCUCUCGGUGGGACUGUUGAUGGCAAGCGCAUCGUGGAUCCAACUACCAUUGAUAAGCUCCUUGAAGAGCAAAUUCAAGGACAGGAUCUUGUCACUCCCGAAUUUGUUAGAUUCGGUCUCGGUGUGGGUCUCCCUGAUUAUCGGACUCGUCCUUGGAUCCCGGAAGGCGAUGUUUGCUUUUGGGGAGGAUGGGGUGGCUCGAUAAUGAUCAUGGAUCGUGAACGACGGAUGACCAUUUCGUAUGCAAUGAAUCGCAUGAGUGGGAUUAGCACUAUUGGAAACGCCAAUACUGAGGCAUACGUCAAAGCGAUUUAUGAUGUUGUGAAUACCAUGUCUGCAUGA